AUGCAAUAUCUCCUCUUAAUCUUCUUCUUCAUAAUCCAUUUCUUUACAUCUUCAUCUUCAUUAGCUCAAUCUAUAUCUUCUUUCUCCAUUGCAGAAUCUCCAUGGAAUCCAUCUAAAAACCUCACCCUUCGUUCUCCUAACUCGACUUUUACAGCCGGUUUUCGACCGUCACCCACUUCUCCAAACCUCUUCAUCUUCUCGAUUUGGUAUUCAAAUCUUUCAGAUGAUCAUACCAUUGUUUGGUCUGCUAAUUGGAAUUCCCCUGUUCGGUCAUCUGCUUCUUUGACCAUCACUUCUAAUGGUGAUUUUCAGCUUACAAAUGCGUCUUCCGGGCCUAAUCUUUGGCCCAACCCGCCUCCUCCGAGCUCCAAUUCUACUCGGUUAUUGCUUGAGGAUGGUGGGAAUUUGGUGUUUGGGUCUUGGAAGAGUUUUGAUUACCCAACUGAUACUUUUCUUCCUAGUCAAAAUAUUACAAAUAACACAGUUUUGACAUCUAGGAAUGGGAAGUUUAGGUUUACCGGGGCAAAAAAUUUGGUUUUUAAUGGGUCGGAUACUUAUUGGACUUCGAGUAAUGGGCUUAUGAAUCUCGAGUUAGAUGGACUGGUUGUACUAGCAGGGGCAAGCCCGUUUCUGAUGGCGGAUUUUGAUCAAAAUCGGACUAGACGACUAACAUUGGGGGACGAUGGGAAUUUCCGGGCUCUGAGUUUUGACCCGGAUAAGAGGAUAUGGGUUCCUGUUUGGAUGGCUUUGUUAGAGAUUUGUCAAGUGCAUGGUUUAUGCGGGCCGGGCUAUAUUUGUUAUAGUGAUGGUUCGACUUUCUCAGACUAUGAAUGUCUUUGCCCACCCGGGUUUAGGAAGAGUGAUAAGACGAACUCUUGUGAGAGAAAAAUCUCGAUUGUUGAUAUGGCGAAAAGCAAGUUUCUUCGGUUGGAUUAUGUUAACUACUCGGGUGGGUCGAACCAAACUAGCUUGAAAGCUCUCAAGUAUGUAGAUUGUGAGUCCAAGUGUAGGCCUAACAAAAGGUGCAUUGGUUUCGGGUACAAGUAUGAUGGGUCGGGUUAUUGUGUGCUCCAACUCGACAGAAUCUUAAACGGGUAUUGGUCUCCUUCGACUGAGACGGUCUUUUAUCUUAAAGUGGACAGCUCAGAAACGGAUUCAAGUAACUUCACGGGCAUGUCAGAGGUGUUGGAGACCAUGUGCCCCGUCCAAAUAAGUUUACCGGAUCCGCCUGGUGAGUCUAAUGAGACAGUCCGGAACAUUAUAAUCAUAACCGUUCUUUUCACAAUAGAAAUUGCUAGUGGGGUGCUCUUAUUUUGGGCAUUCCUAAAGAGGUACGUGAAGUAUCGAGACAUGGCCCAAACACUUGGGCUCGGGUUAUUGCAAACAGCCGGUCCUAGAAGAUUUACUUAUGCGGAGAUUAAAGCAGCAACAAAGGAUUUUUCAGAGGAAAACGUCAUAGGAAAGGGCGGCUUUAGUGAUGUAUAUGCCGGAAAGUUGCAAGAUGGUCGACCAGUGGCUGUUAAGUGCUUAACCAAUGUCACUGGUGGGGAUGGAGAAUUUUGGGCCGAGGUGACUAUAAUAGCACGAAUGCACCACCUUAAUUUGGUACGCUUAUGGGGCUUCUGCAACGAGAAGGGUCGGAGGAUUUUGGUCUAUGAACACGUUCCUAAUGGUUCACUCAACAAAUUUCUCUUCAUGCAGAGCCAAGUUGGGACGGACAGCCAAGAACAAAAGCCAAUGCUUGAUUGGAAUAUCAGGUAUAGAAUUGCCCUUGGUGUUGCAAGGGCAAUAGCAUACCUACAUGAAGAGUGUUUGGAAUGGGUGUUACAUUGCGACAUCAAGCCCGAGAACAUACUCUUAGGGGAAGACUUCUGUCCAAAGGUAGCUGAUUUCGGGCUAUCAAAGCUUAGGAAGAAGGAAGAAAUAGUAACCAAGUCACGAAUCCGAGGGACACGAGGCUACCUAGCUCCUGAAUGGGUGAACAACGACUCAAUAACUGCGAAGGUUGAUGUGUUUAGUUUUGGCAUGGUACUUCUAGAAAUUGUGACAGGAGUAAGGAAUAUGGUUCAAGGGUCUUCCUCUAUUGCUAGUGAAGAAUGGUAUCUACCGCAAUGGGCUUUUGAAAUGGCAAUCGAAGAAAAGAGGAUGGAUCAAAUAUUGGAUCGUCAAAUCAAAAACUCAUAUGAUGAUAAGGCACACUUCAAAUUGAUCGAUCGAAUGGUGAAGACAGCAAUGUGGUGUGUUCAAGAGAGGCCGGAAAUGAGACCAUCCAUGGGAAAGGUAGCAAAAAUGCUUGAGGGCACGGUGGAAAUCAUGGACCCACCAAAACCAACAAUUUUCUACAUAGGAGGGGACUAAUGACACACUUAAUUUUAUGUAAAUAAACACUAUUUACCAAGAGUUAAUGUUUGUAAUAUUAUUACUCUAUUCAUAAAAGCUUGAGAAUUGUAUCAUCAUUAUCAUCACCAUACCCAGUAUAUUCCGCUCAUAGAAGCAAAGCUUGAGCACUGUGUCAUCAUUAUCAUCAUCAUACCCAGUAUAUUCCGCUCAUAGAAGCAAAGCUUGA